GCGGUCGCCGGUUUGUUCCAGACACCGGCUCUUUGAAUCGUAUUGUGUAUUGAGCCGCGUUGGCUUCUGUGCUGGGAGGUGGAUUACCGGACGCGUCAGCAUGCACCCUGCGGUGGCCGUGGGCCUGGUGUUCGCGGGCUGCUGCAGUAACGUGGUGUUUCUGGAACUUUUAGCCAGGAAAUUUCCAGGAUGUGGAAACAUCGUUACGUUUGCACAGUUUCUAUUCAUAGCCAUAGAAGGCUUUAUCUUCCAGGCAGAUUUCGGCAGGAGGAAACCAGCCGUUCCAAUAAGGUAUUACAUAAUCAUGGUAGCCAUGUAUUUCACAGUCAGCGUGGUGAAUAACUAUGCGCUCAACCUCAAUAUCUCCAUGCCGCUACACAUGAUAUUUAGAUCGGGAUCUUUGAUAGCAAAUAUGAUACUCGGCAUCAUUAUUCUUAAAAAUAGAUACAGCACAUCCAAGUACCUGUCUAUUGGCCUGGUGUCUAUGGGGAUCUUUAUUUGCACAUUAAUGUCUGCGAAGCAAGUGGCAUCCCAUCCAUCUGCCACUGAGGAAGAUGGGUUUAUUGCCUUCUUAUGGUGGCUUCUAGGUAUUGCAGCUCUGACCUUCGCCCUUCUAGUUUCCGCCAGGAUGGGAAUCUUUCAGGAAACGCUGUAUAAGGAAUACGGGAAGCAUUCCAAAGAGGCAUUAUUUUAUAACCAUGCAUUGCCUCUGCCUGGAUUCCUGCUCCUAGCUCCUGACAUUUAUAAUCACGCGGUUAUGUUCACCAAGAGCGAGCUGUUCCAGGUCCCCGUUCUGGGAGUACAGAUGCCGAUCAUGUGGUUUUAUGUGCUAAUGAACGUAAUCACUCAAUAUGUUUGCAUCCGAGCUGUGUUUACCCUUACCACUGAGUGUCCAUCUCUCACGGUCACCCUGGUUGUCACACUUCGCAAGUUCCUUAGCCUCAUUUUUUCAAUACUUUACUUCAGUAACCCUUUCACCACCUGGCACUGGAUUGGCACGCUUUUUGUGUUCUUGGGAACUCUAUUGUACACUGAAGUGUGGAACAGCAUCAGGACCGCACCUUCCAAGGAUAAGAAGGAAACUAAAAAGGACUAGAUGACCCCCCUUUUUAUUAUAGUCUGGUACAGUGUCAGCGACUAUGAACAUGCCUGUACAGUCUGCAUUGAAUUUUUUUUAAUGUUGCAUCCGUCUCAUUUUAUGAUAGUCUGUUAAUAGGAAACAUUGUAACUGAUCAGCACUGUAAAUAUCCGGUUACCAUUUUAUUAAUAAUUUUGUCAAGGCAUGUGUUCCACGCUGAUAAUGCGGAAGCCAAUCACAUCAGAAUGCUCUAUUUACAUAAGAAAAAUAUCUUAGUUAAAGGACUAUGGGUGCUUAAACAGAGAAUAAGCUAAUGGUAAUCAGCAGCGGCAGUACAGCAAACCAGAAACUGGAUCCUCAGGGGUGGUGCCAGGUAUGCGCAGUUAUAGAGAAGGUAAUCCUGAAGAAAUGGGAAUCUUGCUGAUUGACCCUUUGUAAACCACAAAGGGUUUUGAGAUUACUUAUCCCAAAUAAGAAUAUUACAAAUGUGAAUAUUCAGAAUCUGGAAGCGCACACCAUUAAAUAGUUUAGCUUUACUCUCAUUUAACAUUUUGUUAUCCCCUUAUUUAUUUCAUAUGUGAUUU